AUGGUUCAGUCCUCCGUCUUGGGUUUCCCUCGUAUGGGAGUCCUGAGAGACCUCAAGAAGGCCACUGAAGCUUACUGGGCCGACAAGAUCACCCAGGAGGCCCUCAUUGCUGAGGGAAAGAGGCUCCGUCUUGCUCACUGGAAGAUCCAGAAGGAUGCCGGCGUCGAUAUCAUCCCCUCCAACGACUUCUCUUUCUACGACCAGGUCUUGGACCACAUCCAGCUCUUCAGCGCCGUCCCUGAGCGCUAUGCUUCCCAAAAACUAAACAUUCUUGACGAGUACUUCGCUUUGGCCCGUGGUCGCCAAAAAGCUGGUGUCGAUGUCCCGUCCAUGGAGAUGGUCAAAUGGUUCGACAGCAACUACCACUACACCAAGCCUUCUUUCAGUGAUUCGCAGACCUUCGCUCUUGCACAGGACGCCAAGCCAGUGAGGGAAUUCCUCGAGGCCAAGGAAGCUGGCUUCAUCACCAGACCCGUCAUUCUCGGUCCCGUUUCUUUCUUGGCUCUCGGAAAGACUGAGCGUGGCCACUCUGUUGAGCCUAUCUCUCUUCUUAGCAAGCUUGUCCCAGUCUAUGUCGAGCUUCUCAAGGCCCUCAAGGCCGCCGGUGCUGACUCUGUCCAAAUUGAUGAGCCAGUUCUCGUUUUUGACUUGAAGCCUGAAGUCAAGGCUGCUUUCAAGCCUGCUUAUGAAGCAAUCAGCGCUCUUGGCAGCGCCGCCCCCCAGGUCACCAUUGCCACCUACUUCGGUGACAUUGUUCACAACAUCGAUGUUGUCCCCGCUUUUGCUGGCCUGAACGCUCUCCACGUCGAUCUUGUCCGCAACCCUGAGCAACUAGAGACCGUUAUCAAGGCCCUUGGUCCCAACCAGACUCUGUCUCUCGGUGUUGUCGAUGGCCGUAACAUCUGGAAGAACGACUUCCAGAAGUCACUCGCCAUCAUUGACAGCGCUGCCCAAGCUCUUGGCAAGGACCGCAUUGUCAUCGCCACUUCCAGCUCCCUCCUCCACGUUCCCCACACCCUUGCCAGUGAGAAGAAGCUUCCUGAGGAAGUCUACCAAUGGUUCUCCUUCGCUGUUGAGAAGGUCAAGGAGGUCGCUACCCUUGCCAAGGCUGCCACCGAGGGUUCUGAGUCGGUCAAGGCCGAACUCGAGGCCAAUGCUGUGGCUCAGAAGUCUCGCGCGGAUUCCAAGCGCACCAACAACCCCGAGGUUAAGGAGCGCCUCUCUAAGAUCACUCCCGACCUCUACAACCGCAAGUCGGCCUUUGAGACCCGUUAUGCUAAACAGAGAACUCACUUGAGCUUGCCUCUUUUCCCUACCACUACUAUUGGCUCCUUCCCCCAGACCUCAGAGAUCCGUAUCCAGCGAAACAAGUUCACCAAGGGUGAAAUCACUGAGGAAGAAUACGAUGCAUUCAUCCGCUCUGAGAUCGAUUACGCUAUCAAGAUUCAGGACGAGCUUGGUCUGGAUGUCUACGUCCACGGUGAGCCUGAGCGUAAUGACAUGGUUCAAUACUUUGGUGAGAGAUUGGAGGGUUACGUUUUCACUACCCAUGCUUGGGUCCAGUCUUACGGAUCUCGUUGCGUCCGCCCACCCAUCAUUGUCGGUGAUAUCUCUCGUCCCGCUCCUAUGACUGUCAAGGAGAGCAAGUACGCUGCUUCCGUCUCGAAGAAGCCUAUGAAGGGCAUGCUUACUGGUCCUAUCACCUGCCUCCGGUGGUCCUUCCCUCGUAAUGACGUGCACCAGUCUGUCCAGGCUAUGCAGCUUGCUCUUGCUCUCCGCGACGAGGUUGUCGACCUUGAGAAAAAUGGUAUCUAUGUCAUCCAGGUUGAUGAGCCCGCUCUUCGUGAGGGUCUGCCACUUCGUUCUGGCAAAGAACGUGAAGCCUACUUGGAUUGGGCUGUGAACAGCUUCAAGCUCUCCACCGCUGGUGUUGAGGACUCGACCCAGAUUCACUCCCACUUCUGUUACUCUGAGUUCCAGGACUUCUUCCACGCCAUUGCUGCUCUUGAUGCUGAUGUGCUCUCUAUCGAAAACUCCCGAUCUGAUGCUAAGCUCCUCAAGGUCUUCAUUGAUGAGGCCUACCCUCGCCACAUCGGACCUGGUGUCUACGAUAUCCACACUUCUCGUAUCCCACCUGAGGAGGAGAUUAAGCAGCGUAUCUCUGAGAUGCUGCAGUACCUCCGCCCCGAGCAGCUCUGGGUCAACCCUGACUGUGGUUUGAAGACCCGUACCUGGGAACAGGUCAAGCCUGCUUUGGCCAACCUGGUCAGUGCUGCCAAGUACUUCCGUGAACAACAGAAGGCUUAA